ACUAUAAAAAAAAUAAACCACAGUUCAGCUUCAGCUUGUAACCUUAAGAUAAGCAUACGAUUAGAUUGCUACUUGCAAUGUGUUCAGUUUUUACCAAAUAAAGUGUCGCACAAUUAAGCAACGAGGUCGGGUGGUCGAUUUGUUGUUCUAAUCUAAAAAUUACGCUAAUCUGACAUCAUUCACAGUGAUGUUUAUGGGGCAAAAAUUCAGUAGUAUUAAACAAUAAGUCGAUUUCGAAUAACGAAUAAUCCGUAAGCAGGAUUUGGACACAAGUACAGUGUUGGUCAAGCGCUCCAGUAUCAGUAAAAGAAAAUUUUAUACCACCCGUCCACCUUCCUCAGUUCCAAAAAACCUGGUGUGCCGCUUUUUUUGAUAAAGUUCAAAGUAAAAAUGUGCGAAAGCAAAGUGCAAUCGGACUGCGCCUGUGUGACUAGCAAAAAAAUCAACUUGGAUGAGCCACGCUAUGAUCAGGAGUUCUACAUGGGGCGGGCCAAGCAUUUCUUUCAAACCACCAAUCCCUUGAACUUGUUCGUGAGCAGCCGAAAAUUGGAUGAGGCCAAGUGCUUGAUUCAUUCAUACAAAUGCGGAGAAAAGUUGCCAAGUGGAACCAGUGAAGAGGAUUUGUGGCGCGCCAAAACCCUUUACGACUCUGCUUUUCAUCCAGAUACUGGAGAGAAAAUGGUGUUGAUUGGACGAAUGUCUGCUCAAGUUCCAAUGAACAUGCUUAUAACAGGCGGAAUGAUCACAUUCUACAAAACAGCGCCAGCAGUGGUUUUCUGGCAAUGGCUCAACCAGUCCUUCAACGCCCUGGUCAAUUACACUAACAGAAGUGGCGACAUCGUCCAAACAGACAAACAGAUUCUUACCUCUUACGCAUUUGCCACCUCAGGAGCGGUGGGCACAGCACUCGGGCUGAACGCUUUAGUUAAAAAGAUGCCGCCCUUGGUGGGACGUCUGGUGCCUUUUGCAGCAGUGGCAGCCGCCAAUUGUAUCAAUAUUCCCAUGAUGCGAGCUCAGGAGCUAAAACACGGCACCCCAGUCUUUGAUGCAAAUGGCAAUAAAUUGGGCUAUUCUACAGUGGCGGCGCAGUACGGCAUUGGGCAGGUCAUCCUGAGCAGGAUCGCCAUGGCCAUGCCUGGAAUGGUGCUAACUCCAGUUGUAAUGGAUUAUCUGGAGAAGCGCGGCACUCUAAGCAGGUACCGUUGGCUGGCGCUGCCCAUUUCGCUGGGCGUUCUGGGCAUUUGCCUCACUUUUGCCACCCCGCUGGCUUGCGCCCUCUUCAAGCAAAAGGCCAGCUUGCCCUUUUUCAGGCUGGAAGACGAGCUCAAGGACAAAGUUGCAAAGGAGCAGGAUAUCAGCAAAAUCGACCGAGUAUUUUUCAACAAGGGCCUGUAAAUGCAAUAUCGAUCAGAUCAGAUCAGAUCUAACAUUGAUGAUUGAUUAGUUUAAGAACAACUCAAGUCUCAGGACAAUAUAUGUAGUACCUGAUGAACCACUCAGAUAAUUUAUUUGAGCCUCAAAUUUCGAGCAAUUAAAAUAGUUUGCCAACUUCGCGCUUUUCUUGCAUGUAGCUUCAGGUGGGCCUCCAAAGGAGACUAAGUAGGUUUAAAUAAAAGUUUGUUUUGAAAA